UAUGGCUCGUUUCUCUAUGGAUAGAAAUUGCAUGUUUGUAUUCAAUCACGUUUCGGGAAUUAUUAUGUUUUCUGGAGGUUUCACUUCCUAAAAUAAUGUUUUUCGCGGUCUUUUUAUCAUAGAUUAUAGUUGAUUUACUUUAUAACUUCACUCACUGUAAGUAGUUAUGUUCGUAAUCUAUUUUUGAAUUGAUAAUCCUUAUGAAGUCCCAAGUAAAUUACCAGGGUGUUCCCAAUAAAUUAGACAAGAAACAGAAACUCAAAAAAUCUGCUGCUGCUGUUUCAAAAUCAAAGCUAGCUAUAAAAAAUAAAGUGUCUAAAGAAUCGAAUGAUGUUUCUGUAAAGUUUUCCAGUAUAAAACACAGGAAUUGUACUGGUGUUGAUAACUGGAAAAAGUUCCUUGAAAGUAAGGGCAUGAGUUUGAAGGUCCAGAAUGAUAAUAUUAACAAGACCAAUGAUCAUAAAAGUCGGAAAGGCAAGAAAAUUACAAAAGCUGUUGCUAUUGAUUGUGAAAUGGUUGGCAUAGGGGAAGAUGGAGAAGGCAACAUGCUGGCUAGGAUAUCUUUAGUUAAUAGUUAUGGUGACUGUAUCUAUGACAAGUAUGUGAAACCUAGAGAAGAAGUUGUUGAUUACAGAACACAAGUAAGUGGUAUAAGACCUGAAGACUUAAAGACUGCUGAGGAAUUUGAUGUCGUUCAAAAAGAAGUAGCUGAUAUUUUGAAAAAUCGAAUAUUGGUUGGUCAUGCUCUAAAAAAUGAUCUUUCUGUACUUUUUUUGACACACCCUAGGUACGCUAUCAGAGAUACAGCAAGGUUUUUUUGCAAAAAAAAUAAGAGAACUCCAUCUUUAAAAAAUUUAGCGGCUGAGUAUUUACAGACAACUAUUCAAGAAGGUGAACAUAGUUCUGUUCAAGAUGCUCAAGCUGCCAUGCAAUUAUAUAACUUGUAUAGAAAAUAUUGGGAAUCAGGAAAAGGAAAUAAAUCAAAGAGAAGAAUUGACAAUUGUGUAUCAGAUAAUGUUACAGACGAAAAGGAACGGGAAAUCUAAAACUGAGUUAAACAAUUCUGCAAAAAUCAAGUAAUUAAUCAAGAGGAGAAACUUGAAAUUUAUAGUUGUUAUCCUGAACAUUAAAUUUUAAUACUGUUAAUAACAUUUUAAUUAAUCAUAAAUAUACUGUAAAUAAUCUUUUAUCUGCCAUUGUAUUUACUUUGUAUAAAUAACAGAACUUUUUGUAAGUCUGUAAAAGGUCAUAUUCUGAUGUAUA